GAGGCUCUGUGGCAGGCCGUGCACAUCCGUCCUCCGCCUCCUUCGCGCCGGCCUGGGAGGGAGCGGGCGGAGCUGUGCGGAGCAUCAGUAGGGAGACCGGUUUUCUGGCAGCAGUGUAACAGGGGUGAGGGGAGGGGGCGGGAUACGGAGCCCUAUGGAGUCCUGGAGCGGCUCUGUCUAUUUCAGCGUCCAUCGCCCAGGCCCCGGAGCCCCGAGCCUCCGACUGUUCGGACUGGACUUUUCUUCGAGCCCUCCCAGCCGUUGGUGUGACUAGGACGCCCCCAGGACUAUGAGUGUGGGCUUCAUUGGGGCAGGCCAGCUGGCCUUUGCCCUCGCCAGGGGCUUCACUGCUGCAGGCAUCCUGGCUUCCCACAAGAUAAUGGCUAGCACUCCAGAUAUGGACUUGCCCACAGUUUCUGCACUUCGGAAAAUGGGUGUGAAGCUGACCCACCACAACAAGGAAACAGUACAGCACAGUGAUGUGCUCUUCCUGGCUGUCAAACCUCAUAUUAUUCCCUUCAUCCUGGAUGAGAUUGGGUCUGAUAUCAAGGACAGACACAUCGUGGUCUCCUGUGCUGCUGGUGUCACUAUCAGCUCCAUUGAGAAGAAACUGACAGCAUUCCAGCCAGCCCCAAAGAUCAUUCGCUGUAUGACCAACACCCCUGUGGUAGUCCGAGAAGGAGCCACAGUAUAUGCCACGGGUACCCAUGCCCUGGUGGAAGAUGGGAAACUCCUAGAACAGCUAAUGAGCAGUGUGGGCUUUUGCACAGAAGUGGAAGAAGACCUGAUAGACGCUGUCACAGGACUCAGCGGCAGUGGACCUGCCUAUGCAUUUAUGGCCCUAGAUGCAUUAGCAGAUGGUGGGGUGAAGAUGGGCCUCCCAAGAAGACUGGCAGUCCGCCUGGGUGCACAGGCCUUAUUGGGAGCUGCAAAGAUGCUCCUGGACUCAGAGCAGCAUCCAGGACAGCUCAAGGACAAUGUUUGUUCUCCUGGGGGAGCCACCAUUCAUGCUUUGCACUUCUUGGAAAGUGGCGGUUUUCGAUCUUUACUAAUCAAUGCUGUUGAAGCCUCCUGCAUCCGGACCAGGGAGCUGCAGUUCAUGGCUGACCAAGAGAAGAUCUCCCCAGCUGCUAUCAAGAAAACCCUGUUAGAUAAAGUGAAACUGGAGUCCCCUUCUGUUUCAACACAUUCGCUUUCCAACAAAGUCAAAGUGUUUAAUCGUACCCAGGCCCCUGGGGGCAAGAAGGAUUGAGAUGGUUUUACCAGCCAUUUAUCUAAUCUUCGACAAAUGCCCUUUUCCUGCCUUCAGGGUACUUACUUUCUUUGUUCUUGACUACUAAGGGAGAUGAGUCUGUAGCAUUUUAUCCCCGGUAAUGAAAUUACUUAAAUCUCUUUACAUCCGUAAAGAUGAAUGGAAAAUAGGAAAAUUAGUAAGUUUUUAGUGUCUCUAACAGUGAAGAAAUUCUCUAAUCAUUUUGAGUUUAAAAGGUAUAAAAUUAUACUUGUGAUUUAAAAAAAAUGAUUAUUUUAAAACUAGUUUUAAUAAUAUUGGGAUAUAAUGUGGGGUUCUUGCUAAUUGUUUCAAUAAAAUUAUAUAUUUUUUAUUUUUAAA